ACCUGGCUCCUCCCCGUGUUCGCCGAGCUCCCCUCCCCCUUUCCCCAAGGACAAUCUGCAAGAAAGCAGCGGCCGAGGAGAGCUAAACCUACAAGAGUGGAUCAUGACCAAUGAGGAGCACCAUGCAGCCAAGACCCUGGGGGUCGGCAAGGCCAUCGCCGUGCUGACCUCUGGUGGAGAUGCCCAGGGUAUGAAUGCUGCCGUCAGGGCUGUGGUUCGAGUUGGCAUCUUCACGGGCGCCCGCGUCUUCUUUGUCCAUGAGGGUUACCAAGGCCUGGUGGAUGGUGGCGAGCACAUCAGGGAGGCCACCUGGGAGAGCGUGUCCAUGAUGCUUCAGCUGGGUGGCACGGUGAUUGGAAGUGCCCGAUGCAAGGACUUUCGGGAGCGAGAAGGACGGCUCCGAGCUGCCCUCAACCUGGUGAAGCUGGGGAUCACGAACCUGUGUGUCAUCGGGGGCGACGGCAGCCUCACCGGGGCUGACACUUUCCGUUCCGAGUGGAGCGACUUGUUGAAUGACCUCCAGAAAGAAGGGAAGAUUACAGCUGAGGAGGCUACAAAGUCUAGCUUCCUGAACAUUGUGGGCCUGGUAGGCUCCAUCGACAAUGACUUCUGUGGCACCGACAUGACCAUUGGCACUGACUCGGCCCUGCACAGGAUCGUGGAGAUCGUGGACGCCAUCACCACUACCGCUCAGAGCCACCAGAGGACGUUUGUGUUAGAAGUGAUGGGCCGCCACUGUGGAUACCUGGCCCUUGUCACUUCUCUGUCCUGUGGGGCCGACUGGGUUUUCAUUCCUGAGUGUCCACCAGAUGACGACUGGGAGGAGCACCUUUGUCGGAGGCUCAGUGAGACAAGGACCCGUGGGUCUCGUCUCAACAUCAUCAUUGUUGCUGAGGGUGCAAUCGACAAGAAUGGGAAGCCCAUCACCUCAGAAGACAUCAAGAAUCUAGUGGUAAAGCGCCUGGGAUAUGACACCAGGGUCACCGUCCUGGGACAUGUACAGAGGGGUGGAACACCAUCAGCCUUUGACCGGAUCCUGGGCAGCAGGAUGGGUGUGGAAGCAGUGAUGGCACUUUUGGAGGGGACCCCAGACACCCCAGCCUGUGUGGUGAGCCUGUCCGGUAACCAGGCUGUGCGUCUGCCUCUCAUGGAGUGUGUCCAGGUGACCAAAGAUGUGACCAAGGCUAUGGAUGAGAAGAGAUUUGACGAAGCCAUGAAGCUGAGAGGCCGGAGCUUCAUGAACAACUGGGAAGUGUACAAGCUUCUCGCUCACGUCAGACCCCCCGUCUCCAAGGGCACUUUGCACACAGUGGCAGUGAUGAAUGUGGGGGCCCCAGCUGCGGGCAUGAAUGCUGCGGUUCGCUCUACUGUGAGGAUUGCCCUGAUCCAGGGCAACCGAGUGCUGGUCGUGCAUGAUGGCUUUGAGGGUCUGGCCAAAGGUCAGAUUGAGGAAGCUGGCUGGAGCUACGUUGGAGGCUGGACUGGUCAAGGUGGUUCCAAACUUGGUACCAAGAGGACUCUACCCAAGAAGAACUUUGAACAGAUCAGUGCCAACAUAACUAAGUUUAACAUCCAGGGCCUUGUCAUCAUUGGGGGCUUUGAGGCCUACACAGGGGGCUUGGAGCUGAUGGAGGGCAGGAAGCAGUUUGACGAGCUCUGCAUCCCAUUUGUGGUCAUCCCUGCCACCGUUUCCAACAACGUCCCGGGGUCAGACUUCAGCAUCGGGGCCGACACAGCGCUAAACACCAUCUGCACGACUUGUGACCGAAUUAAGCAGUCUGCAGCAGGCACCAAACGCCGCGUGUUCAUCAUCGAGACUAUGGGUGGCUACUGUGGCUAUCUGGCCACCAUGGCAGGACUAGCAGCCGGGGCGGAUGCUGCCUACAUUUUUGAGGAGCCCUUCACCAUCCGAGAUCUACAGGUGAAUGUUGAGCAUCUGGUACAAAAGAUGAAAACAACAGUGAAAAGAGGCUUGGUAUUAAGAAAUGAGAAGUGCAAUGAGAACUACACCACUGACUUCAUUUUCAACCUGUAUUCGGAAGAGGGGAAGGGCAUCUUCGACAGCAGGAAGAACGUGCUUGGCCACAUGCAGCAGGGUGGAAGCCCAACUCCCUUUGACAGGAAUUUUGCCACUAAGAUGGGUGCUAAGGCUAUGAAUUGGAUGUCUGGGAAGAUCAAGGAGAGUUACCGUAAUGGACGGAUCUUUGCCAACACUCCAGACUCAGGUUGCGUCCUGGGGAUGCGGAAGAGGGCCCUAGUCUUUCAGCCAGUGACUGAGCUGAAGGACCAGACAGACUUUGAGCACCGAAUCCCCAAAGAACAGUGGUGGCUGAAGCUGAGGCCCAUCCUCAAAAUCCUAGCCAAGUACGAGAUUGAUUUGGAUACCUCUGACCACGCCCACCUGGAGCACAUUUCUAGGAAGCGGUCUGGAGAAGCUGCUGUCUAGACCUUUUUGGAGUGAGGGGGAAAGAUUACCUGAUCAUGGUCAGCUCAUGCCCUGGUAGAUCGAAGUCCAUGAUUUCUCAGUGUUCUCACUCUGGCCCCCUGCCCUUUUAGGUUUCCUUGUCCUCUGUACCCGCAGCCAGGAUUAGCUGUGGCCAGGAGCUGGGGAAGGGGCAGUGAGCGACUCCCCCUGUCCCCCAGCUUCAGCUGUCACAUAGGCUGGACCUCUCUCAUGCUACUGCUAGGUUUCAGCUACUCCAGAGUUUUCCUAAGCUUUAUUUAUUUCUUUGUGAUAACAGAGUCUUAGACCCCUUACCUCUCACCACAGUGAUGAAGUAUAACUACACUAAUAAAUGCCAGCUGCUCACUGUG